AAUGGAUCGAACCCUAUACCUCUCGCAUGCAAAGCGAGCGCUCCACCAUUUGAGCUACAUCGCCAUUGUAGUUAACUACUUCACUUUAAAAAAAGUUCAAAACACAACCCAAUAUGAGCGUUACCUCUUAUCUCCAGGCGAGCCGCCUGAUAGUAAUCGGAGCGAAAUCUCCGGUGGAUUGCCGUCGGAAAGCUCUUGAGAGAUUGAAUAAAGAGCUCUCUAGAGGUAAUUACGAUACUGCCCUCUCUCUCGUCAAGCAACUCAAAGGCAAACAUGGCUGCCUCUCUGCCUUCGGCUCUGCUAAACUGCUUCCCAAGAAAUUACCAGUAUUGGAUAAAUUAGACUCGUUGAUCGAUUCAGUCUCCAGAAGCAUUGAAUCUGUUUCUGCCGAAUCGAAUUCAGUUAGAAUAUUCAAAGUGGACGAAACUAAAACUUCACCUGAAGAAGAUUGGUUUGCUGUUGUUCAGCAUGAAUCCGGGCAUUUUUUGGUUGGUUACUUGCUUGGAGUUCUUCCAAGACGCUAUGAAAUACCAAACUUGGAAGCUAUAAAGCAGAAUGUGUCGAGUGUGACAGGGAGAGUAGAAUUUGUAGGUUUUGAGUUCCUCAAAGAAGUUGGUGCUGCAAACCAGUUUAUGAAAGAUGAUUUGGAUCUAUCGAUUAGUCAAGGCAAGAUAUCAUCCAAGACACUCAACAACUUUUCAUGUGUGAUACUUGGAGGGAUGGUAACAGAACAUAUACUAUUCGGAUACUCAGAAGGAUUCUACUCAGAUGUUGUCAAGUUGAACAGUGUUCUGCAAUGGCUAGGGUUCACAGAAAUAGAAAUGAAAGCUCAUAUCAGAUGGGCAGCUUCAAACAGUGUCUCCUUAUUGCAUUCUAACACUGAAGCAAGAGUUUCACUUGCAGAAGCCAUGGCUAAAGCCAAAACUAUUGGUGCUUGUAUUGAAGCCAUUGAAUCUGCAAUUUCUAGACAUCAAAUCUGAAUUACACUUUCGAUUCUUCCUAAAUAAUGUUUUGAGAGCUACAUUAGAUCGGUUACACCAACCUCUCUAGUUUCAUAAUCAGUUUGGCUUUAGCCAUGGCUUCUACAAGUGAAACUCUUGUUUCAGUGUUAGAAGUGAUUAUUAAAACACUUAUGAUAGUAAAAAAACAAUAAAUUAUUGAAAGCAUAGAUCAAAAUUUGAUGACACAAAAUUAUGAUAAAUUAG